AGCUACAGCGUCUCCAUCACUUCUCGAAUUCAAUAUAAUAAAACCCUAAUUCCCAAAUUAAAAAAUCCCUAAAUCUCAUCAUCAGAGAGAGAGAGCUUGACGUGACGAUGAUCGAAUUCGAGCCCUUAAAAGACCAUCUCUGCUCGUCAACGCGUUUCCUUCCUCUUCCUUCUCCUCCUCCUCUCCCGUUGUUCAUGGUGGCCGUUGCGGUGGAUGGGAGGCGGAGAUUGUCGUGCUCUUCCGCCGGACAAGGAUGAGAGACUCCCGGGAUAUGCUUCGUCGGCGUCGGCGGUGGGGGUCGCCGCCGGGAACAAUGCUCGGCUAUCGGAAGCUCCAGUGCUUUUGUUUGUUUACUUCCACAAGGCUUUCCGAGCCCAGCUGGCGGAGCUCCGGCGACUUGCUGUUGACGCGGCGGAGAAGGGUACCGGUGGCCGGGAUCUGGCGGCGGAGCUCCGUGGGAGGUUUGAGUUUUUGAAGCUUGUGUAUAAGUAUCACUGUGCAGCUGAAGAUGAGGUUGUCUUCUUGGUGCUUGACAUUCAUGUAAAAAAUGUUGUUAAUAAUUAUUCGCUUGAGCAUGCUGGUAUAGAUGAUCUCUUCAGCUCAAUUUUUCAUUGGUUGGACGUUCUCGAAGAGGAAAGAGAAGACAUCGGCUCCGUACUUCGUGAAGUUUUACUGUGCAUCGGUACAUUACAAUCAUCCAUAUGCCAGCAUAUGCUUAAAGAAGAGCGGCAGGUCUUUCCUUUGUUGAUUGAGAAGUUCUCUUUUCGAGAACAAGCAUCACUUGUGUGGCAAUUUAUUUGUAGUGUUCCUGUGAUGGUUCUGGUAGACUUUUUGCCGUGGAUGAUGUCUUUCCUCACUGUCGAGGAGAAAAUUGAAGUAAAAAAUUGCAUAAAAGAAGUUGCUCCAAAUGAAGAAUCUUUGCAGCAGGUUAUAAGCUCUUGGCUGCUUGACAAUAGCCAGUCUUCCUUUGGAACUCUUACAAAUAUCAUGAAAGGGUUCCAAUUUAUAAAUAGAUCUGAAAAUAUGAAGAACUCAUUUCAGACGCUUCCAUCCAGUGGGUUUUUUCAACGGUUUUGGCAGUGGAGUAAAACGUCCUUCUUUAGUUCAACUACUGGACACAAUCCGAUCCACGGUCUUCAGCUUCUGUGUAAUGCAAUUAAGAAAGAUUUGAUUAAUAUCCGAGAAGAAUUAUGCCAAAUAAAAAUUCCGAGUGCUUCUUUGCACCUACUGGUGGUUCGGUUAAACUUCCUUUCUGAUGUCCUUAUCUUUUAUAGCAAUGCAUUAAAGAAGUUCUUUUACCCCGUGUUAAAAGAAAUUGGAGUAGAUCGCCCCUCUUCUGCAAAAUAUAUCCGCACAGAAAGCUGUAUCAAUAAUGUACAGAGAUUAUUGUACCAGAAUGCUGAAAAUAAAAUGGGGACGGACAGCUUUUUGAUGAAGCUUCGAGAGGGACUGGAGUCUCUCAUAAUGGAAAUUUCUGAACAAUUUACUGUACAAGAAACAGAGGUAUUCCCUAUCAUCAGCAAGAAUUGCAACCAGGAAUUACAAAGACGGCUCUUAUAUGCAAGUCUUCAUGUCUUGCCUCUCGGCUUGCUAAAGUGUGUCAUAAUCUGGUUUCCUGCUCAUCUGUCAGACGAUGAGUCCCAAUCCAUUAUUCAUUGCUUAAGCGGGGAAGAUUUUUAUCCCAGUGAAUCAUUUGCACGGCUCUUGUUGCAGUGGUUUCGAAUCGGUUAUUCAGGAAAAAUUUCAGUUGAAAAUUUUUGGAAAGAGCUGACCAAAAUGUUCAAAAUGAGAUGCUCUGUUUGCAUGGAGCACACUGGAAAUGCCUCUUUAUCUUUUUCGCAGCAAGCAGAACCACAAGUAUUCAAGCUGCAUUUUGAUCCAGAGAAGGAAAACAAGUGUUUGUCCCAUUUCCUGUCAAUUGAUCCAUCAGCUGGUAUUGUUUGUGAGACACCUUACUCUAGUGGAAUGAAUCAGAUAAUGCUUUUAUCCGGAAAAUCGAGACCUCUCCAUCGGCUUCCUGAUUUUUUUGGUGAGCAGAAUAUGGAUGACCCCUUUAUUAUUGACCUAAAACCCAUGGAUAUACUUUUCUUCUUCCACAAGGCAAUGAAGAAAGAUUUGGACUACCUUGUUUGUGGUUCAGCUCGAUUGGUAGCAGAUUGUCGCUUCCUUGGGGAGUUUCAUCAGCGAUUCCAUCUCAUAAAGUUUCUGUAUCAGAUACACUCGGAUGCUGAGGAUGAGGUUGCAUUUCCAGCUCUAGAGGCAAAGGGACAACUCAAAAACAUUAGCCAAUCAUACAGCAUUGAUCACGAGCUUGAGUUGGAGCACUUCAACAAAGUAUCAUUCAUUUUGAAUGAGAUGUCUGCAUUAAAUAUCUCAGUUUCUACUUCCAAUUCAAGUAUACCCGAGGACAGACAAGUGAUGUAUGAGCAGUUAUGCCUGAGUCUCCAAGACACGUGCAAAUCCAUGCACAAGGUAUUGUUUGAGCAUGUUGAACGCGAAGAAACUGAGCUUUGGUGUUUAUUCAGAGAAUGCUUCUCUAUUGAAGAACAGGAAAAAAUCAUAGCGCGCAUGCUUGGAAGAAUAAGUGGAGAAAUAUUGAAGGAUAUGGUUCCCUGGUUGAUGGAAUCUUUGACUCCUGAAGAACAGCAUGCCAUGAUGUGUUUGUGGCGCCAAGCAACGAGGAAAACAAUGUUUGCGCAGUGGCUAGCAGAAUGGUACAGUGGCCAUGGUAUGCAAGAGGAGACAGGGGAAGCAAAUAAUGAUCCAUCCGGUAAUUCUGACCCACUGGAGAUUGUCCGGAAGUAUCUCAUAGAAGGAGCUGCUGAUGAGAAAAGAGGGAGCACUUGCAGCGACCUUGUUGAAUUUUCCAAGACGGAUUUGAUGGAUACCAUGAACGAGCCUUUAGGAAAGGACAUUGUCAGUGACAAGGUAGUUUUUCAAAACAAAGAGGAAAAUCAUCAUAGGGUUCCAGAAAAUAAGAAGAUAUAUAAGGGAGGUGACAAAAAGAGGCACAAGGAACAAGAUGACUACAAUCGCCAGAUCGGAAAUCCAGCUCAAAUGUUUCAUCUGUCUCAGAAAUCUAGGCAAUCUGGGCAACCCACACAGUAUGAGCACCUCUUAACAAUGACUCAGGAGGAUCUGGAAGCUGCAAUUAGAAGAAUAUCUCGUGACUCUUCUCUAGAUCCUCAGAAGAAAUCUUAUAUCAUGCAAAACCUGCUUAUGAGCCGUUGGAUUGUCACAAAGCGGAUACUUAAUUUGGAAAUGUCCGUAUAUUCAAACAAUGGGGAGGCUAUUCCAGGUCAGGAGCCAUCUUACCGGGAUACUCUCAAAUUGGUCUUUGGUUGCAAACAUUACAAGAGGAAUUGCAAGCUUCUUACCCCUUGUUGCAACCAACUCUUCACAUGUAUACGUUGCCAUGAUGAAGUGGCUGAUCACUCUGUGGAUAGGAAACAGAUCUCAAAGAUGCUUUGCAUGAAGUGCCUGGUAAUUCAGCCAAUUGGUCCCAAUUGCUCAAACCCUUCGUGUAAUUAUUUGUCCAUGGGAAAGUAUUACUGCAAAAUCUGCAAAUUAUUUGAUGAUGAAAGGGAAAUCUAUCACUGUCCCUACUGCAAUCUCUGCCGUGUAGGGAAGGGAUUGGGCAAUGACUACUUCCAUUGCAUGAAAUGCAAUGCCUGCAUGUCACUGUCCUUGGUAGAUCAUGUAUGUCGGGAGAAGUGCUUAGAAGAUAAUUGCCCGAUCUGCCAUGAGUACAUCUUCACUUCCAGCUCUCCGGUGAAGGCCCUUCCAUGUGGUCACUUAAUGCACUCAUCAUGCUUUCAGGAGUACACAUGUUCUCAUUACACAUGCCCCAUUUGCAGCAAGUCGCUUGGGGACAUGCAGGUCUAUUUUAGGAUGUUAGAUGCAUUGCUUGCAGAAGAAAAGAUGCCUGAUGAAUAUAUCAACCAAACCCAGGUGAUAUUGUGUAACGACUGUGAGAGGAAAGGAAAGGCUUCUUACCAUUGGCUUUAUCAUAAAUGCCCAUAUUGUCGCUCUUACAACACUAGGCUUCUUUAAACGCCUAUACCAAAUUUUUCCUUUCCCCCAUUUCACCCUUUGUUGUACAAUACUAUGUCUGCGUUUUUUUCUCAACCUCGUAUGUCUGGUUAGUUGUACAAAAAGGAUGAGUUAAUAAAGUUCCUUUUUUUCGGUAAAAAGGACAACUAUCAUUCCCUUGCA